UUUGUCAUGUGGUCCACACUCCUUACCAGUUGGUGGCGGUAAUGCUUACCUAAAGUUUCUUGCCAACCGCCAUUAAAUUUCAACUAGAAGAAGAAGAAAGAACACACUCUUACUUUGAAGAGAUGAAUCGGAAGUUGGCAGUGUUUACAAAAUGUUUCAUCCGGUUUGUGCUAUCAGCUAGCACACCUGCUAAAGUUCUGUUAUUUUCUCCCUAGUCUUGACCAUUUUCUUCCUAGGUGCAACAUCAACAUGGCUUCUGUGACAUCAGCAUGAUGUUGAGCUAAUUAAAAUGUGACUUUAUUUGCAGUAGUUAGAAGCGGAGCCCUUUCCACUGUUAGCUCGUAGCUGUGUAGUAACAACAGACGUUCUGCAGCAUUGAUUUAUGCCAACAGGUGUUAGCUUUAAGAAAGCAACAUUAGUGGGGUGAAUUUUCUUUUUGUAAGUAUCCUGAAUAUUUUCCGCCUGUAACCCGUUUAUAUUAGUCUAAAUAUCAUUGGUUUGACGUAUCUGGCUACGAUGUGUAAACUUAGCAAGAGUUAAAUGCCACACUCUUACUUGUUGGGGGAAAAAAAAAGAAAACUGUUAGCCUGUCAUGAUAUUCGGCCGUGUGUUGUUGAGCCUCAGUUUGCACAGGUCGAAAAGUGUUUGCUCACAAAGACUGAAUAUCGUAAAGGAGCUCCGAGUUUGGAAGCUGCAUUCAAAUUUUACCAACAGCUGUAGUAAAUUAGAAGCUCUUAAAACACCGGUACACAGAUUCAGACCUCAGAUUACAGUCCAGUCCUGUGUCUGUUUAGCAGCAGUGAGUGUUAUGCAGCCAGCCAGCAUCUCGUAUGAAGGAGAGGCCAACGCUGUGGCCUCUGGUGGUGAAGAUGACGAGGAGGAGGGUUGUACAGGUGGGACUGAAACCUUGGUUGAAGUGGAGAGGAGAAUGCAACAAGAUAAAAUGAGUUUAACCAGUCAGGUUGAUGCGAUCAGCUUGGAGGUCCAUGGAAGCAUCGCAGACGCUGAAACCUCUACAGGGUUAACUCCAGCUGCGUCAAGUGAAAAAAAAUCAAAGAGGAAGAUGAGGAGAGAGAGGAUAAAGCUGAUGAGGAGGAAGCUGAAAUCAGCUGAAGCGUCUGCCAGUUUAAUGUCGGAGCUUCCGUUUGCUCUGACCAGUCCCACCACAUGGAAAGAGCUUGGCUUUCCCACACCAGAGACAUCAGAGAAGAAGAGGAAGAGAAAAAGAGGAGACAUAGAGGGCAGAGUGGACAGCGAGGAGGAUGGUGACCAGAAGAAAAAAAAGAAAGAGAGCCAAAGACCAAACUACUUUGUGUCCAUACCCAUUACCAACGCUGAGAUAAAGUCACUUGUGAAAGAGGUGCAAGAGGCCGUGCUUCGGCAGGAGCCCCGACUCGCCAAAGCCAUGAUCCCAGUCCCGACCCUUCACAUCACACUACUGGUCACUCAUCUGGCCAGUGAGGAGCAAGUAGAGCUUGCGGCUGCCGUGCUGGCACAGGCCGAGCCGUCAGUGGCCGAGCUGCUGGGGGGGCGGGACCUGGUGCUGCCCUUCUCGGGAAUCCGUCAUUUCAGGAAGGAGGUGAUGUUUGUUGGGCUGGACGGCGGAGAACACAGACCCACACUGGACAGCCUCGCAGAGUUGGUGCGCAGGCGUUUCGAGGAGCAAGGUCUCCUGCAGGGAGACUGCCGUGACUUCGAGCCCCACCUCACCGUCAUGAAGCUGUCAAGAGCAUCAAAACUCCGAUUUCAGGGAAUAAAACGAGUGGAGCCAGGCCUUUACUCCGACUACACAGACAAAUUUUUUGGAAACCAGAGAGUGGAGCGUUUGGAUUUGUGUUCCAUGUUAAAAAAGAAGCAGCAAGACGGAUAUUACCACACCGAGACUUCACUACAACUAGAUUUGACUCAGAGUCCGAUCCAUGUCAAGCGCUCAAGUGGACGCCGCCGCUCAGAGCCCGACGAGGCCGAGCUGCUUAGGGUCAGCAGGAGGUUGGUGGAGGAUGCCGUCAGCCGCGCCUUGCAACAGUACAAGCAGGAAACGCUUCAAAACGGGGGCGGGCCCAAUGCCGCGGCGCUCCAGAUGCCUGGGAGCACAGAGGAGACGAAGACGGACACUACAGCUAACUCCUCCACGGACAACAGGAAGUGACAUCUUUGCGCGGAGGCGCACAGACUCUGAACGUCCAGUGGCCCAGAAAAGAUCAGCCAGGCCUGGCUAAGCAGGGGGGAGCGGGGCACUAAGACCCGCCCUCAAAGCCAGAACCAAUCACAGCACGCCUCCCACCUGAGCUAGCUGGGCAAAAAGUGCUCAAUAAUUAGAUAAUAUAGCUUCACGUCCUAGCAGCGGCGACUGUCCUAGCAGGACACCUUGUUAAUUAAUUUGCCGCUGUCCAGACAUGGACGUAUGUGAAGCACUCCUCUAAACACAGGCUUCCCUGUGAGCUGCCACAACAAACUGCCCAUUCAGAGAAGAGAGAGUUCAAUUUUCUAGGAAACGUUGGUUCGACUUCACCUGCGCUCCGAAUGAGCUCGGAGGACGUCCUAACGGUCAGUUUCAUCGCUCAUCACUGUGUGGCCACGAGCUGGACUGACUCACCAAGGCCGGAUUCUUCCAACUUGAAUCGUGGUCCAAAGUUUUCCGACUUUGGUCCUCACACGCCUUUGUUUGUCUGGCUGCCGUCUUCAGGACAUGGAUUUUCUUGAACCUUCCAGCAUUUUAACCGUUCAGACGUCUGCCUCCACCAGGUCACAGAAACACAAGCUUCAUGUGUCGUGUGAGAGUCCUGCAUUACCCAAGUGACAAUCAUUUAGCUCGGCGGCUGCUGAUGGCGGGUUUUGAAGCCGAUCUGGACUCCAGCGUCCAGCUUCUUCCACGCAGUGCAUUAAAAUAACAGAUUAAUAACACUAACGUCGCACAGUUCAGGAGGCCUGGAGGCAGCGAACGCCAGAAAACAACACGACGACUCGUUGCCAAGAACACAUCUGUACUUGAUCAAUGCCAAAACUGACACCAUUGUAUUGCUUUCCUAUCUGCUGUCUAUUCUGUCUGAAAGAGUGGAGAUGUUGAAACGGGAGUAUUUAUUUUACGUCUGCCGUUUUAAAAUCUGAGGCAAACUCUUUGCGCCGAAUUGUCGAAGACUUGCUGGGGUCGGGGCUGCUUGAGGCUCGACCCCAAGCAGCGUUUUUUUUUCCUUCUGGACAUUUUUAGUCGUAAUCCGAGAAGCUUUCGUUUGGUGAAAAAGGUGCGGGCAGCGAUUCCGAUGGAAACUCUUAAGCUCUUAAGUUUACUAACUUCCAUUUGUUUCUCGUUUUUGAUUUGAUUGUCUUUGCGUCGCGUGCGGCUCUGCAGAUUUUUAAAUGAAUUCACGGCGAAAGCUCCCGGAGAUAUUUGACAGUGAAGUAUAAAACAAAGAUGAACAGAGUCAUUUCAUGACUUUUAAAGUUUCAUUUGCUUUCAUGCAGAAGCGGAAUCUGUUUUCUGGAAGUGAAAUAUAAUUUCAUGUUUUUUAAGAAAUUAUUUUUUUCUGCCAUCUACAAGCAAAAUAAAAUUUUUGAAAAACUUAAAAGCACAGAAUUUUAAAUUUUUCUUUUUAACUGCUUUUUUUUAUUAUUUCAGCUUUGGUGGUGGCAUUACAACAAGUUUUUGUGAUUAUAAGUUUGUUGUAACUUGGCGUAAUAAGUAGGUAACAUUUCUAAAUGGGGUGAAAAUAUCUCCUAGAUGUCAACCUUUGGUUUAAAAUUUUGUAGUGAAAUUAAAAAAAACAACUACCAAACAAACGUGGAAACAGCCUUUGUGUUGAAUCCAAGCUAUUCGCAGUUUUGUUUCUUAGAAGCCAAACAGCUUGGAGCUUGAAAUUACAGUUCAGUCCCUGUGAAAUCCAGUGAACCACGGUCACUGUGGGCAGCAGCUCGUUCUGGUGGACGUUGGAGGCUUUUUGUUUGUUUGCUUUGAUCUUUUGCUGUCACCAGAUCCUUAAAUCUCCAUGAAAAAUCCCCUUUAAAUGCAAAAGUUCUCCUGUUGGCCUCUGUGACUGUUCAUCUGUCUCUGAAAGCCUGCGUGUGUGUAUGUGUGUGUGUUCUCAUUCACAUCGUGUACAAGAGUUGUUUGAUCAGUGGAUCCCCUUAGAAACUCCUGUCUGUAUCAAUCAAGACACCAUUUUGUCCUGCGCCAACGACAAAUGGGCCUUUUCUGUUUGUCUUUCCAUGUAUCCACGUGUAUGUUGGGCGAUGUGUGUGUGUGUGUACGAGUGUGUGUUCUUUGUACCGUGUAUUGUACAUCUUGUUCUGCCAUGUCUGAACAAUAAAACGGGAUAUACGAUUUAAAACCAACAUGUAUCUCUGUCUCCUUGGUGUAGAUAUACAUAAAACAUCACUGUAAUUGUCUGUACCCUCUGUAUGCUGAAGGUAAAACCAUUUUAGAGGAGCGACUCUCAUGAAUAGCAUAGUUCUUAAAGGAGUACACGCACCUUUUACCAGGGCAGUCGACUUUUAUUUGAAAUCUGGAUUUGGAUUGAUGUUCAAUUUUUUUUAAUCUCAAAAAUAAUAAUUUUAUCCUGGAUAUGUUUUUUUAUUUGUUUUUUGUUUUUUGAGAGCUGCAAACAUAUUCAGCGUUUUCAAGCUGUCACAAAAUGUUUUGGAUGGGACCUCAAGUACUCCCAAACCAUCGUUGGCGAUCGGUUUUGGGAACAAAGCAAUUUAGAGGUGAAAAUUUGCAAUUUGCACAUCCACUGUUUAUUAAUCGGGGCUUUUACAAACUGUAAAAAUUCAACACUCCUGGCACAUUUAAUGGGUUCAUUUACAGUUUUAAGCCUCUUUUUUUUUUUUUUUGAUAAAGUAUGCUAAUUAUAAGCCAGCAUUUUCACUUUGAGUGCACCCACACAAGUGCUGAUUGAGUUGCCUCAGUAUACCGAAAACGAGAGGGUACUGCGGUGAAAACAGAAAAUACGUUCAUAAAAAAUGUAUGUGAUUCAUGUGGAGCACAGUAGAGUACUGUCAAUAAAUAAUAUUUUGUAUGA